UUGACGCGCGGCUUCGACGGACGCCUGCGUGUCUCCUGCUCUCCCGGGUGGGAAGCCGACGGGAGGUGAAACACAACAACAACAACAACAACAACAACCACUACAGGCUAACUCCUUUGGGUCGGGCCUCGCUCGGACGCGUUCCCUCGAGCCAGGAGGAGGAGGGCGGAUGAGUGAACGCCGCGUCGUAAAGCAGUGAGCCAGGAUGGGGAUGGGCCAGUUGCACACAUGAAGUCUACCCGGGAGGAUCCCUGAAGCCUCGGACCCCUGACCGAUCCGCUACGACCUCUGACCUCUAAAGUUCCGGCGAAUCUCAGAAUGGAGGUGCAAACCAAUUGCCCCAAUGUCAGCAUACCCUGCCACAACGAGCAAAGGGACAAGAAGAAGCGUUACACCGUUUACAAAGUAAUGGUCGGUGUCGGGAGACACGAGUGGUUCGUCUUCAGGCGAUACGCGGAGUUCGACAAACUCUACAACACAUUAAGGAAACAGUAUCCAUCUAUGAACUUGAAAAUUCCUGCUAAGAGGAUAUUUGGAGACAAUUUUGACCCGGAGUUCAUCAAGCAGAGAAGAGCCGGACUACAUGAGUUCAUCCAGCGAAUUGUCUCCCAUCCUCAGCUCUGCAAACACCCAGAUGUGCGAGCUUUCCUGCAGAUGGACAAAUCCCAAAACUUUUCAGAUGCAUCUGAGGAUGAGGAUGACAAAAACAACUCUACCUCGAGAAAUAUUAACCUGGGACCAUCUGCAAAUCCACAUGCCAAGCCUACCGACUUCGACUUUCUUAAAGUCAUCGGAAAGGGGAGUUUCGGAAAGGUCCUUCUCGCCAAGCGGAAACACGACGGGAAGUAUUAUGCAAUUAAGGUCCUACAGAAAAAGGUCAUUCUCAACAGGAGAGAGCAAAAACACAUCAUGGCAGAGCGCAACGUUUUACUGAAGAAUGUGAAGCAUCCCUUCCUGGUUGGCUUGCAUUAUUCCUUUCAGACCACAGACAAGCUUUACUUCGUCUUGGAUUUCAUCAAUGGAGGAGAACUUUUCUUCCACCUUCAAAGAGAGCGGACCUUUCCGGAACCGAGAGCGAAAUUCUACAUCGCCGAAAUGGCCAGCGCACUGGGAUACCUGCAUUCUCUCAACAUCGUUUACAGAGACUUGAAGCCAGAAAAUAUCCUCCUCGACUACGAAGGGCACAUAGUUUUGACAGACUUUGGACUGUGCAAAGAGGGCAUUUCCCAAACUGAUACCACAUCCACCUUUUGCGGGACACCCGAGUACCUAGCUCCAGAGGUCCUGAGGAAGCAGCCCUAUGAUAACACAGUGGACUGGUGGUGUUUGGGCUCAGUUCUAUAUGAAAUGCUCUUUGGCCUUCCGCCAUUCUACAGCAGGGACACACAUGAGAUGUAUGACAACAUCCUCCACAAGCAGCUGGUGAUGCGUCCCGGUGCAUCCAGCACAGCGUGGUCUCUCCUCCAGGCCCUGUUGGAGAAAGAUGGCACUCACAGGCUGGGGUCCAGGGAUGACUUUAAUGAAAUCAAGGGGCACAACUUUUUCUUCUCCAUCAACUGGGAUGACCUCGAACAGAAGAAGAUCCCUCCCCCGUUUACACCCAAUGUGAGCACUCCUUAUGAUAUCUCGAACUUUGACCCCGAGUUUACGGAUGAAACGGUCCCCAACUCUGUCUGCUGGACUCCAGAUCACUCGAUAGUCAACGCCAGUGUAAUGGAGGCAGACGACGCCUUUCUGGGCUUUUCCUAUGCCCCGCCUUCAGAUGACUCCUUCCUAUGAAACUUUCUCCAGGAAUUCAUAAAUUUGCCUUAACCCGUUUUAACGUCUUUUGACUGAAAGGGAAGAAUUCAUGCCGUGGAUUGACCCAUUGUCAGAAGCCAAAGCAAGCAUUUAAGAGGAGACAGCACUUCAGAAACAAUUGGGGGUGGGGUGGGGGUGGGUGGGGGCAAAAAAAAGUGUGUCAAAAAAAAAAUCUUUAUUUUUUACCAAUUUGUAUUUAUAUAACAUAUUAUAUUUUUAAGCAAUGGGGACCACUUUUACAGAUGUAUUAGUUUCGGCUUCACGUCGAUGUGGUUAAAGUGGUUCCUCGCCUUUGGAAAAAAAAAAAGCCUUAAUAACUCUUUAACAUUGAACCAAUAUUGCCACUUAAAUGACAUCUGUCCUCCACAUUGCAGAUGUUUUCAAAAGUGGCUUAAACAGCUCACAGAACACGAGUCGCUCUCACCAGGUGUCCCCCUUUGACAAAUAAAAACCUUUUGUUUGUCCAUGGUAA